UAUCAGCUGAUCGAUUGCAUAACAAUGUUGUAAGUUAAUAUCUGUAUAAGUUUUAAGUAAGCGAUGUCUUUUCCUGAAAUAUUAUUGCUGGUUGGAUAGUCAUUAGUGAAAUAUGAGUAAGGCCGUUAUCAUUCUUUGGUUUUGUGUGAUUGUCCAUAAAGUCACAGCACCGGCACCAUUUAAUUUGUCAAAAACAAGUCUACCCCAGCCAAAGACAACAACGCCUACAACAACAACAAAACUUCCAAAAUGGAACGACUAUAUGUCCAAAAACUCAGGCUCCAAGCCCAUGAAAGACAAUGCGUAUCUCGCAACUCUAGUCAACAUGCCUCCAAAAGAUAAAAAACAAAAAGUUGAAACUAAUAAAACAAAUGGAAAAACAAACAUUGAAGUUACUAAGGAGGAUUUCAAUACCACAAAAGUUCUAUUUGCAGAAGAAAUAGUGUCUCCUAUUAGAUUGGCAGACAAAGAUUCUAAAGAUGAAAAAUUACUUUCGAUUGGACUGGCUGGAAAUGGGUCCAAAGAAAAAGAAAACGCUACAGAAAUCAAAAUAAAAGAUUUUAAAUCUAAACAAAAUAACACUGAACCUAAAAAGGGAGUGAAAUUACAAGAGCUACUUAAGCCGCUAUUAGAAAAAUCUAAAGUAAAUACUACAGAGGUACAUCCAAAAUCUUAUGAAAUACCUCCAACUAUGAUACCUAUAUUCAGGCCAAAUCCAAAUCUAACUAAAAACCAAGCCAAAGAUAAUGUUGAAACAAUUCUGAUAGCACCACAGACUACUGUUUCAUCUGCUAAAGAAGUUUCACAAUUUAAACAAGAUUUAAUUAAACAUGACAUAAUAGAAUCAAGGGAAGUAAAACAAAAGGAUGCAAAACAAUACAAUAAUUUUUAUUAUCAGUCAAACGCAGCACCAUUUAAUAUUCCAUGUCACAGAGCAUCGGAUAUCCUAGAUGAGGUACCAACAAAAACUGAAGUAGGCAAUCCUGCACAAUCAAAUUUUGAAACGAGUGAAAAACACGAAAGUACUGUUUCGCAUGAAGCAAAUCAAGUGGAAAGACCAGAAAAAUUGGAAACUGAUGAAUCCGUUGCCAUAAUAUUUAAACCUAAAAAUAUAUCUCUAUUAAACGUUUAUGGAGAUAUGUUAAAGAAAAUAACUUUGACUGUUCUAGUGCCUUAUCACAUGUCAAAAUUGGGAACUUGAGACAAAAAUAAUAUAACGUGACUUCAACCACGUCAAUUGAAAUUAUGUUAGAAGGUCUUGCUAAUUUUGAUGCUUUAUUUUGUCCACUUUUUAUUGAAGCAUGACAUUGACCUUAGACAAUACCUUUAUGUACUUGAUUAUAUUUAUGUUGAUGUAGAUAGAGUACUAAGUUAUGGAGUGGUAAUUAACUUAUUGAAUAAUAUAAUAGUAAACAGAUUUUAAUGGCCCGUA